AUGGGAAACCCACAGCCACAGCAGCAUCAACAGCUGCAGCAGCAGCAACACGAACAGAAUCCAGAAACGGAAGCUGCAGCACAGCGGCAGGUAGAUCCACCGCAACGUCUUCAAACCCCUCGAAGCUACCCUAUGGGACUCCCCAGCGGAGAUACACCGUCACAGGUGGAGACACGCGAGGAGCUUUCUGCAGACUCUUCUGGUCAAUGCCAGCUAAAUGCUGGAGCGUUGGCCCUCUUCGCGCCUUCCAUACGUACGCCGCCACCUAGGCGGCAUUCCGCUAAUCUCAAAGGGGAAUGGAGGGGCCCUCACCGCCCAGAACUGUCCCGACCAACCCCGUCGACGGCAUCAAGGAUUAGGCACGCAGGGGACCGCCGGAGUAAAGUCGCCCCAACGGCUUCUGAAGAGCCGAAUCAGCUUAUAGAGACAACUCACUCCUUACGCCCAAGCUCUGGUCGUAAGGGCACUAAGGGAGCACCAGCAGAAGCUCACCGCUCACAGCUGCAGCAACAGCAGGGUGAACGCAACAAACUGCCAAUGCAGCUGCAGGAGGAACAGCCAGUGGACCGUACUCACACAAGAAGUACGGGCCCUGCAUAUGAAAGAGAAGCUUCUGGAAAUCCCAGUGCAACUGCUCCCUCGAUAGUCACCCCACUAACCGAGAGUUCUGUCGGGACUGGAGCUCCACCUCUGUCGCACCUGCAAGACCACGGUAGCCCGCCUAGUGGAGAUGGUGACCAACUGCAGACAAUCUGCAGCACAAGCCUUGGUGAGGCUUCUGCUUCUGCACCACGACUUUCUAGGACAUUUAGAGAAUUCAAAGCAGAGCUUGGCUCAAACGCCAUCCCCAGGCCUCCUGAAGAGAAGCACCCGAGACAGCAGCAGCAUCCGAAGGUUCAGCGGGGCCCUUCGGGGAGGAGCCGUAGGGGCAGAAAGAGAAGGGAAUGUGGCACUAGGAGAGCUAACUCCGGGCGUCGGCUGUCUUCAGGAGACCCUCUUGGGCCACCUGAGUCCAAGACUCAAGGUGCACGCACUAACCAAGAGCCUUGUGAGGAUGAAUGUUGCGGAAUCAUGCCUUACUGCGGAUACCCUACUAAGCCUCUGCAUGCAGCACACGUACUCGAGCUCUCACCGCUGCUGCUGGCUAAAAUGCUGCAGCUCCUGCCGGUGGGAUCAGCAGCAGCAUUUGGUUCCACCUGUUGGAGAGCUCGCCGUGUGCUUCUAUCUUACUCUUGCAUUGUAUCUCUUUCCUCUCGAAACGUCUCCUCUCUUCUGUCGCUGCCUCCGUCUGCACUCAAAAGGCAGCUACCGUUUCUCUCAGGUCUUAAAAGUCUCGAGAUAGAGCUCACUUCAGCGGUGUCUCCUCCACUAUUUUUGGGUGCAGCGGCAGCUGCGGCUGCAGCUGCAGCUGCAGCAGCUGCAGGAACUCUGCUGAGGCCUACAGAUGCCGGGUACGAACAAGGAGGAAUCAAUAGCAACACCUGGCAUGAACAGGCACACACUCCAAGAGGGACCCGCGGGGAACGAAGGCAGCAACAGCAGCAGCGGACCGCUAGUAGUAGCCGAAACCAACAAGCAUUUCAACAGGAAGGAGGGAACGAAGGCCAGGGCGAGACAGCAGGUGGGAGAAUUUCUGCAGUACCUUCGCUGUCUCGUCUUUCGUGGGCUUACGGGCUUGUGCAAGGAAGGGCACUUGAGCUCCUGCGCGUUCAGCCACCCUUUUGCGGAGGUACAGCUGCUGUUGGCGAGGCGCAGACCCCUUCAGGCCUACCCCCGUCCCCGCCGUCCCCUUGGACCACGUACACUGCAGCGAACGCUUCGCCGCUGCUCAACUCGCUCUGUCACCUCAAGUCCCUUUCCGCGAAGCUUAAACUCUCACCCACAGGAACCCAGGGGGACACUCAAGCAUCUAUAGAGUUGCUGCUUCUCCUGCAGAUGCUGUUGCACAGAAACGCCCACUCUCUUGCCUCCGUAAAAAUCGCAGUCGACCUUUCAGCCUCCUCAGUGCGUCUACAAUACCUGGGCAUAGCGUAA